UCUGUUUGUUUUUUGUGUGAGGAAUCGUAUUUAUAGAGAAUAAGAGCAACCAUGGACACAAACGUGUCUGACGUUUUACCAAAUGUGAGAUUGGAGGUCACAGAAAGCACACCUCUGUUGAGUGACAACAGUUCGAACAGUCCACCAGACGCUCCAAAAUGGCGUAAGGCUGCGAUUAUUGCUUGCGGUCUUGUGCAGCAGUUUGUCAGUGUUGGUCUUGGGUUUGGCUUGAGCGUCAUGUACCCGGAACUUAUCAAUAUCUUCAACUCUCGGCGGUCCAACGCGGCACUCAUACAGGGACUUUACAUGGGGCUUUCUACCGGAGGAGGUAUACUUUGGGCGCCACUGAUUCAAAAGUACGGGCCCGGGAAGAGUGUUUUGGUCGGGUCAUUAGUGACAUGUGUGGGACUGUUAGCGAGCUCCUUUGCAGAGGAACUAUGGACUAUAAUAUUAUGCACGGGAGUCAUCGCAGGUAUGGGGAUGUGCACCUGUUACCUUUCGGCGUUCAUAACCGUCAGUUGGGUAUUUCACAAGGACCCUGGCGUUCCGCUUGUAUGUUUGACGAUGGGGUCCAGUCUCGGUCAAUUUGUUAUACCCUACCUCUACGAAAUAUGUAUCGAAAAAUAUGCCUGGUCUGGAGCGUUUAUACUGGUGUCUGGCAUAUCACUUCAGUGUAUACCAUUCGGGCUUAUAAUGUAUGGUGCACAGGAGUACUUUGUAACAGGGAAAAAGGCGUCGAAAAGGAAAUCAGUCUGUGAAACAAGUCUUUUGACAGAUGUUUUGGUGUGGAUUUUAUUGGUUAAUUGUCUUUUAGUAGCUUUAACAGGAAACGUGGAAGCCUGGUUUAUUGUUGACAUUUUGAUGUCACGUGGUUUUUCCCGCCAAGCAGGAUCACUCUUGGUGUCUAUUAUUGGAGCAGCAAACUUUCUUGGUAGAGUCAGUGGAACAUUUAUAAAAUUUAAAUUCACGAGAACACCAACGAUAGCUCACUGGGUUUAUAUUUGCCCGUUUAUUGCCUUGGCCCAUGCUUUGGUGAUCAGCUUAGAAGACUAUUACGCCAUCAUGGGCGCCUGUAUAUUACAAGGCGCUUUUUUCGGGGUCACUAACUCCCAAACACCGGCCCUGAUGUACGAGGCCGCGGGCCACAACCGUUACCCCCAGGCCAUGUCUCUUGUUAACCUUAUGUAUGGUUUUGGUAAUCUGCUAAGCAAUGUUUUGGGAGGAAUCAUAAGGGAUGAGCUUGGUGAAUAUGACCUAGCUUUUUACAUCUCUGUCUGCACAGCGCUGUAUAUGACUUUCAGCAGCCUUGUGGCCACGCUGAUUAUCUGGAGGAGGAGGAAGGAGGAGGAGACAAGACAGCGCUGGGAUGGGAACUAUGAGACUGUGAUAUCGUUUUAAACAUUGGAAUAACCGUAUUUGAUACCGUAUUAAUCAUUAGAAUAGACGUACAUCAUACCGUUUAAAAAGUGAAAUAUACUUAAUAUACCGUAUCAAUCUGUCCAAUAUACUAGUGUUUGCGACUUUGCGCUUUGUCGUAAAGGCGCAGAGGGACGAAAGAAAAGGAAACCAAAG